AACCCACGUACAGAGGUCCAUAUUCUCGGGCGUGGUCUGCAGCACAACACUAAUAGAUUUCUUGAAGUCGCAGCCGUAUUCGCUCCCAUACCGCGAAAAUGCUCUUCUUUAGCUUCUUUAAAACGCUCACCCAGCAGACCGUCACGGUCGAACUGAAGAACGACAUCUCUAUCCGCGGCACCCUGAAAUCUGUCGAUCAAUACCUCAACAUCAAGCUAGACGACAUCGUCGUCCUAGACGAAUUGAAAUACCCCCACCUCAGUUCCGUCAAGAACAUCUUCAUUCGAGGCUCGGUCGUCAGAUACGUACACCUCCCACCGGACAAGGUCGACCGCGGUUUGUUGGAGGAUGCGUGUAGAAGAGAAGCCGUGGCGCAGAAGGGAAAGGCUGCUUAGGAGGAACAACCACCGUACCUUUCGAACUGCACGGAUCAAAAUGUGCAAGGUCGCCAUUGUAUCGCACUUGCCAAGCGUCAAACGAAUCACGCAUCCAUAGUCUUAGCCACAGGCCCCAGGAUAUUCCAGCGUGGAGAGUCGGUAGGACUUGGAGCCCUGGCAGCAGUUGGAUCGACCAGCCGUCGUCGAGUGCCUUCUGAUGAGCCGUCCAGCCCCCCAGAAAAGAAACGGUUGCGACUAAACGGAGACGGUUGACGGAAAGAUCUGGUGGACAGGGAGGCAAUG